CAUUAUUUUGUAUGUGAGUGUGAGGUUAUUAUUGCACAGAAAAUUAUUUAUUUAUUUACUUGUUUAUUAUUUUAAUUCAUUUUAAUUAAAAAAACCCAUGAGACUAAAAAAAUUUACACUACCAUGCAACGUGGAAAAUCAAUUUUAUUCAUCAUUAAUAGACGAAAAAGUUGUGAUAGUAUCAGUAUUUGGAAAAUCUCAAUAUCGAGCAAAAGGAUGCAAAACACAAAUGCUUGGACAAAAUUUAUUAGUUGAUUUGCUUGAUGAUCCAACUGUUAAUGAUGACAACCUGUCAGAAAUUGAAGGUUACUACGAUCCUGAGGACCAAGUUAUUUAUUUACAUCUGAGAGGAAUUUUGGACACUCAUACAAUCGUCAAUCAAUACAAUGAUUUUUUAGAUAAACAAAAAUGUAAAGAUUUUCUAAGUGCAUGGGCUCAUAUGAGAGAUAAAUAUGCAAGAGCACUUUUAAUACUUUUUCAAAUAUCACAUAUUAUUAUAUUGAGUCAUCCAACUCAUACAUUUGACUACAGUUAUGUUCAUUUAUUUCGUGCACUUGAUGUUGUCAGGGUAGCUUGUGUUGGAUCAUUGUGGCGUCCUUUGAGCACAAUAGCAGGAUUACCAGAUGCCUGGAUGACAACAGGUAGACCAUGCUCACCUCGAGUAUUAUUUUAUUUUGAAAAAAGUCCAGCUGUAUUUCGAGAUCCAAAUUCAACAGCAAAUAUUAAAAAAUUAGAACAUGCACUUGAAGAUCAAAUUUAUCAUAUUUUACGUAAACAUCGUGUUGUAACAAACAUUAGUUCAAAUUCAUUAUUUGCCAUUCCUGCUAAUCAAGAGUUUGUAUAUAUUAAUACAAAUUCAGCUGAAUCAAAUGAUAUCUUUGGUUACAUGAUGAAUGAAUUAAUUUCAAGUUGUAAAAUAAAAUCAUCACUACGUAAUGCUGCUUCAAUUGAGCCAAGUUUAGAGUUUAUGAAUGAAGAUUUAGAUAAAAGAUCAUUUCGUUCAUUUCUUCAACAACAUAUUAAUUUAGCAUAUUCCAAAGGUUUUGAUGAUAAUGUUGGUCGUCAUACAACACCAUCACAUUUUAAAAUACCAACAAUAUCACAAUUUAUACAAGUAUCAAAUGGUCUUUUUAAUUUUUUUAAUUCUAAAAAUAAUGAUUUAAAAAAUUUACAUGGUUUUUUGGAUACUGAUGCUAAAUUUAGUAAAUCAAGAUGUAAUAAAGUGUUGCCAAGAGCAUUACAAGCAUAUCAAGAUAAUUUACCAAUGCAUUAUGGACGUACAUAUCAUGAAACAAAAUUAUCACAUUCAAUGAUUGUAUUUGAGAUGCAUGCAAGAGGUCCAUUAUUUGAUGAAUAUCGUGAAAAACUUGAAGCUGAAUGUGUUAAACAUUGGAAAAGUGGACGACAAAUGUGUGAAGUAUUAUCAUUAACUGGUAAUCCAUGUACAAAUCCAUUACAUAAAGGUGGAAGUGAAGGUGCUGGUGGUGGUGAACAUUCUGAUAUUGAUAUUGAUGAUAUUGAUUUAUUAAAUGUUGAACAUUGUAGUGGUGUUAGAUAUAUAUGUGCUUGUAACUGUGGAAGACAUCAAGGACCAAGAGAUGAUCCUUAUAAUUUAAGACAUGCUAAUUAUGAUUGGUUUCAAAUGUUGGCUAAACAAUGUGGCUGUGGACAAUUUGAUAAAAUUGAAUUUCCAGUUUUUCAACCAAGCACACAUAAUUACAGAGCUGCACAAUUACUUCCUGACACUAAACGCAAGGAUUCAUUUGGUCGAUGGGAAUUAUCAACUCCUCAAGGACCAACUCAAGCUUGUAGUCUAGCAGACAGUACUCUUCAUGACAAUAUUGAAGGAUAUGGAAGUGGAGGACACUCGGAACUGACAAAUGAUGCUGCUGCACAAGAUGGACGUAGAAUUGUCAGUAAAAUGAAUUUAACACCAAAUGAUACUCAUAAAGUUGUUAUUCAAGUAUCUCACAGUGAGCCUGAAACAACAAAAGAUAAAUCAUUGGUAAGACAACCAUCAACAACAGAAUAUUUACCAGGAAUGUUACACACUGAAUCACCAGUUGGUCUUCUUCCUCAAUUUUCAAGCUGGUCAUUAAUUUGUCUGGGUCCAAGUAGUUUAUAUUCUCAUAAUCUUGGACUACAACAUCAAACUGGUGUAUUAGCAAAUUCAGCAUUUCUUUUACCAUGGGAUGUUACUGUUCGACUUGAGCAUCAAAAAGAACGUGGCUCAUUUUGGCCAAUGGUUGGUGAUCAUGCAUCACAUGCAUAUAGUGGACGUGGUAAAAAUUUUCAAAAUACAAAUGCAAUGAAAUGUAGAAAAUCAAAAGGAGGAAAAGAAUUUGUUGUUAAAAUAUUUGUUGGUGUUGAAUAUGAAUGUCCAAGAGGGCAUAGAUUUAUGGCUUCAGCACCUGAUAAAGUAUUAAAAGCAACUGGUAAUGGAAUUGUUAAAGACAGUGGUAAUAAAGUUACUUCUAGUACUGCUGAUAUGCCACUCUACUUUCCAUGUCCUUGCAGACAAGUAAAACCAUUGAUUGCACAACUUAUGAGAAUUCAUGUGGUCACACCAAAAGCACCUGUUCAUGUUACAUUAAAUCCACGUGUUCAACCUGGUCCACCACCAUGUCCAAUAUUUGUAACUGGCUGUGAGGAACCAAUUAAGCUAUCACAAAGUGCAUAUUGGAUUUUACGUUUACCAUAUGUUUAUAUGGGAGAAAAAGGUGCUUAUUUAACACCCAAAGAACAUCCUGUAUCAAUUUCACAUGGUAGACUUCUUGCUGGCAUGUACAGUAUAUCCGAAGUUGUACCAGAAAAAUAAUCAUUCUUCCAUAGACCGACUAAAUCAAUGUUUUAUUUUUAACAAUAUAUAUAAUUAAUUAAUUAUUUUAAUUUUUUUAAUCAAUUGAUCGGAUUAUCGCUUUAAUCAACGUGACGAAAUAAUUGUAUUUAUAAACAAAAUUGUACGAUAUUAAAAAUUUUAAAUUUUAUUUUUUAUUUGUAAAUUCAUUUAUUUUUUUUUAUUUUUUUAUUAUUUUAAAGCUUUAACUUGCGCACAAGUAAUUUAGUGGCGCCAUUGGCGUAGUUGGCUGCAAUGCGAAUUGUCAUAGACAAGCCACUGCAAGCCACCCUCCACCACCCUGAUAAUACGUAUUAUUAUUUCACCCAGUUUAUCAGUCAGUUCAGAAGAUUCUCUAUGAAAGGAUCGUAUUUUUUUUGGCCUCGUAAAAAAAGAAAGAAAAAAAAUAAAAUAUCAUAAAAGCACAAGUUUAUUUGUUGAUGAAUUUUACUCAUCAUUUUGUAACUUUUAUCAAUGACAAGUUAAAGCUACAUUAGAAUAAUGUAAAAAAAAGCUGUGUUAUUUAACAUAUAUUAUUAAAAAUAUCAAUUAAAAUAAUAAUAAAUUAAAAAUGAAAACUGAAAUAUCGUGCAACAAUAAUUGUUACCACGCACAAAUUCAAUGGACUGGCUAGCAAGCAAGUAGAGGGAAGGUCAACCAACAAUCCAAUGUGAGUAAAAUAAAUAAAUAAUGUUAAUUAUUAUUUAUGACAUAAAAAUAUCAACUCAAUGAAAAAUAAACUUACUAAUUAUACAAAUAAAAUUUAUUUAUUUACACAGUCCUAUCUGUUGUGAAAAAAACAAAAAUAGAAAUAUUUAAGGACAAAAAAACUGGGGUGACCUAAAUUUUAUGGUAACACGAAUACCCUGUAUUUAACAAUCCUGUGUAAACAGAUAAUUUUGUAUGAGGUUUAUUCAAACAUACUAAACAAUGUACAUUUUUUUAAAUGUGUAAAUAUUAUUUUACUAUUUUAUAAAUUUCGACACUCAUGAGACUCUCGACAUAUGUUUAUAAUCUUAUUUUUUUUUUACUACUAUACAUGUUGUUUAAUUAUAAAUUAAUUAACAAUUGUUUUUAAUAUAUUUAAUUAAUUUUUUUUUUCUUAAUUAAACUUGUUUAUAUAAGGAAAAUCUUGACACGAGUUUAAGUGUUUCUUCCAGCUGCUGAUGGGCUAAUGGUAGGCUAGAUAAUCAAUAAGAAAAAAAAAUAUUUUAAUGAAGUUUUGUAUAAAUAUAUAUUCUUCACACUUGUAGCUUGUAAAUUUUUCAAAAAAUUAAUUA